CCUUGUCGCAUCUGUAUGUUUUCGUCGACUUAUCAAAGUCAACGCACGCGCUGGCUAUUUGAAUUGUCUGAACGGGAACGGGACAAGGUAUUGUGUGAGCAAGAUUUAGUCAUACCCGUGAGCUUAGAUCAAACGAACGUUGUGCGAUUAAACGGAGAAAUGAAGAGCUGUGCGGCGAUUGGAGUCCUCCUGGUACUGCUACUCCAGUACGAAGUGGUCCGAACGGACAGCGAUAGCAGCGACAGCAGCAGCAGCAGUGGAGAGAAGAAGCACAAGCACUCCAAGACGGAGCACAAGUACAAUUAUCCUGCAUAUCCCAGUCCGGGCUAUCUUCCGUAUCCACAUAUGGGAGGCUAUCCUACAUAUCCCUACAAUCCGUACAUGCAGUAUCCUCCUUAUGCUCAAAUGGGAGGCUAUCCUUCAUAUCCCUAUAAUCCGUACAUGGCCCCACCACCACCACCACCGCCACAGCCGCAACAAGCUCCGCCACCACCAAUGUAUCCACCCGGCCCGUCCGGAUAUCCAGGCGGCUAUCCACCGCAGGGGGGUCCCGGACAGAAUCCCGGUAACAACCCAAAUGCGAUCCCCAAUCAGCCUCAGCCGCAGCAGCCUGCUAGCGGCCCGGGAUCAGGGCCUGCUCCGAACUAUCCUCCAGGCGGCUCGAGCGUUAUUAAUCACUCCCUUAAGGUCAACAAAGAAUACAACGAGGACGGUCACCACAAAUCUUCAACGUAGUCGCAGUCGAGAUACAAUGUUACAUGAAACUUUAAACGUCGGAUUGGGCCUCAAGUUUCAAGUCGGCCUUCAAUACAAUGUAGAAAUGUCGAAUUAAUUUAAACAGUACUUGAAAUAUCACAGUCUUUGAUUAAAUAAAAGAAAGAAAUGUUCUCUUAACA